AUGCCAGCCCAACCAUUUGCCCUUCUGGAACCUCACUGGGCAAAUCCUGGAGAAGGUUGGUUCCGUGCCGCUUACAAAUGGGAUAGAGACAAGUUACUCACCAAGGAAAGGCUCGAGAAUGGCAGUCUGUACAAGGACAUAACCAAGCAACCAUCAUCGCAUAUUGCACGACUGAUGGAUAGUAGCUGGAACCAGGAUGUUGCAACAUCAUGUAGGUUCAUUGUCAGUGGUUGGUACUUCAGGCAUACUCCAAAGCCUGCAUUGGGCCCUAUGCCGCAAUGGUGGUGCCCUUACGAUCUACUUGGGCUUUUCAUCAGCCUCCUGGGACCCGCGCCGGCUGCUGCUGACAAAAACAACUUCUACCUCCCUCUCACAGCUGUCUACGGACGUUGGUGCUCGCGUAUCGCGGGCGAAGCAGAUACAGGUUGGAAAUGGGCGCCAAGUAUUCAAGGCGAGGGUGAUUUGCCGUAUGUUUUCCAAUGUACAUGGUAUCUCGAAACGGACCCCAGCACCAAGCAGCAUUGGGGCCAGUACUUUCUAGGGGCAUCCAACGCCGGAGACAAAUUUGAGAGAAACACGACAUACUCGGGAGCUUGGAGGGAGCGAGCGCAAGAGGCCCGUUUUGAUAUGCUCUUCAGAUGUCAGAAGGUGCCCAUGGUUCAGGCCAACGACUUCAAAGACAAGACAGCUCCCAACAUGAAUCCUGACCUUGCCGGUCGCAACAUGGUCCCGUAUGGAAACUGCGCCGAAACGUAUCCAUUCGCCAUCAGAUUCCUACCAGAUAAAACUAAGAACGGAAAUGCAAUGACAGGCCUUGCUCUUAAAAGCAAAUUCAUGCAAAAGGCGGAGUAUCCCGACUAUGAAGAAUGGGGUAGCAGUGACGUUUGGAAGAACUUGAUGCCUCCUUGUGCUAAUUGCAAGGAGCUUCUCAAAAAGGCCGGGGCGAAAGAGUCACUGUUUUCACCAGGUCUAGAUAAGGAUAAGGCUCCAAAACGACCAAAGUCAAUGAUGGAAAGUGAGGAACUGUGGGUUGAGAGUGGGGUUUUGGAGAGAGAGAAGAGCCAGGCUUUAUUAGCAGUGUCGUAA